UACUACCUACGCCCCUGUACACACCACAAACUAUGCUCUGAUUGCCUACCUCCAAGAAAAAGCAGCCAUGUUAGAAGCUGUUCAAACCAAACUGCAAGAACAGGCUAUCAUCACCCACUUCGAAAACACCAUGCCAACUACAUAAACAUCAUCAACGACCUCCCUGAAGACUUUCUUUCAUGAACAACUCAUCCUCCGUCUCUUUCAGCUAAAUCCAUACAUGUAGAUCAUGUACUGUCUUUUUUGGUUCCAUAAAUGAACGCAUCUCCUUUGACUUUGCUGUAUCUAUUUUUUCUGCAAACCACAAACAAAACAAAAAUUAACAAACCCAAGUGACCCGUGGUUCACCGGGGCACACCCAGGCCCGACCCAAUACAUGGGCGAGUUGGGCUAUGACCCAGGGCAGCAAAAAUAGAGGGGCAAAGAUCUGAUCCAAUAAUUAAUAGAGUUUGACUUUGGCCCAAGUUUAGUCCGAUAAGUGAUCCAAUAUUGGUUCAGUAUCGCUACCUAAUCCAAGCAUCUUGAGAAUAGCAACAUAUCACAAUCGCCAAACGCCGGAAGAUCAUUUAGAAAAAAACACUCUGUAGAAAUCGAGGAGUUUCUCUACGUAUCUCUUAAGUCUUAAACCUACUGGAGGGGCAUUUUUUCAUUCAAUCCAUUUCCUUUUUGAAGUCUCAGAUUUCUCCCUUUCUGGAUUCAUGUAUGCCGAAUCACCUAAUGGUUGUUUCUUGUACAACAAGCUCUUCUAUAUGCCAAGCUUCUAUCGCUUUCUACACUCUUCAACAAGCUCUUCUAUAUUGUGAGCGACACCGCUACUCUCUAUUCUGGUUUUCUUUGUAAGCAUAAAAAAUGGCAUGGUACAGAAGGUCAAAACUAGGUUUUGAUGUUAUUUCCCGUUACUUCACCUCCAAAUUAACCGCUCCCAAAAGCACAAUCCAAAACGCAAGUUCUGUUAUCAACCAGAGUAAUCAAUUGAGUAAGCUUACUUCUAGUGCAAAUUACCCUCUUAGGGUUUCUAAAUUUUCUCUGUUUCAACCCAUAAGUGUUGAUAGGAGCUUAAACUCUCGAUUAUAUGCAACUGGUUAUAGAUAUUACUAUGUCGAUUCACGACAAGUUAGGCAUUUCAAGCCCCGCGGAUUCAGAAGAUGGUCUGAUGACCCGAAGAACGUUUUGAUAGUUGUGUUAGUUGGAUCGGGAGUUGGGUUAACCGUAUAUUUUGGGAAUGUUGAGACGAUACCUUACACAAAACGGAGGCAUCUUGUUUUGCUGUCGAAAAAUUUGGAAAGAACGAUCGGUGAGUCUCAGUUCAAGAAUAUGAAGGCUGGGUUCAAAGGAAAAAUUCUACCGGCGAUGCACCCAGAAAGCGUUAGGGUGAGAUUAAUUUCAAAGGACAUUAUCGAAGCAUUGCAAAGAGGAUUGAAGAAAGAGCAAGUAUGGACUGAUUUGAAUUACGCUUCUGAGAGUGGAGCUGCAUCGGAGAGUAGAGGGAAGGAGACUUUAAUGGCGAUGACAGAGGAGACUGGUGGAGGAGAGAAUUGGCCAGCAAAAGAUGAGGUUCUUGAUGAUAUGUGGGUGGAUCAAAGUCGGAAGAAGGGGAAAGAAAAGGGGGAAAAAUCGGCUACUGGUCAUUUGGAGGGGUUAAAUUGGGAAGUUUUGGUGGUGAAUGACCACGUUGUAAAUGCUUUUUGUUUGCCUGGUGGAAAGAUUGUUGUGUUUACAGGGUUAUUAGAGCACUUCAGAACUGAUGAAGAGAUUGCUACCAUCAUUGGGCAUGAGGUUGCACAUGCUGUAGCAAGACAUGCAGCUGAACAGAUUACAAAAAAAACCUCUGGUUCACAAUUGGGCAGCUAA